UCAGUCUCUGUGAAAUCACUUAUCCGGACUCCUUCAUAUGUGCACCAAUGAAGCGGAAAUUGCGUUUGUUGCUUUUUAUUGCUGUCCUCGUGUUUUGUGCCUUCCAACUAUACAUCUUCUCCCAACAGAAUUUUGGCAGCCCUAAACUACAACUGAGAUGGGACAGUGUGCAGAUUGAGAUGAGACACACAUUGAGAGAUCCGUUGGAAAAUGUAAGCCAUGUAUCAAUCAAAUCUGUACCAUUCGCUGUUUCCAAGGAAGGGUUUAUUGGUAACUAUGAGCCUGCCCCUAGAGAAGCACUCGACAGACCUGGUGACUACGGCAAACCGGUGAUCGUGAGAGGAAAAGAAAGAGUUUUGGCUGAGAAAUCUGUGGGAAUUUAUGGAUACAACAUAAUUGCAAGUGACAAAAUUGCAAUGGACCGAAUACCACCGGAUUUUAGAAUGACCGAUUGUAAGUUUUGGCAUUAUCCCGAAGAAUCAGAACUGCCAUCAGCAAGUGUGGUUAUAGCGUUCCGUGAUGAAGGUUGGUCCACACUUCUGAGGACCAUCCAUAGCGUUAUUAAUAUGUCUCCGCCAGCUUUACUCAAAGAGGUCAUCUUGAUUGAUGACGAAAGUAAUAAAGGAAAUUUUAAAGCAGAUCUCAGUGUAUAUUUAAAAGAUAAUUUUAAAGACAAAGUGAACCUAUUUCGUAACAGCAAGAAAGAAGGUUUGAUUCGUUCGAAGACAAUCGGUGCUAAAUAUGCAUCUGGAGAUAUCCUAGUAUUUAUGGAUGCUCAUUGUGAAUGUGGUCGGAACUGGUUGGUACCAAUUUUAGCCCUGCUAGCACAUAACAGAACCAUCGUGGCAUCUCCAGUCACUAAUGUAAUUGACUGGGAAACUUUUGCUUACAAGACAACUUUUAGAGAGAAACAUCAUCAUGGUAUUUUUGAAUGGGGGUUUCUUUAUAAAGAGAGCAAAGUGCCAGAUAUGGAGCUGACGAGCAGAAAGUACAAUAGUGAACCCUAUCGUUCUCCAACCCUUGCUGGUGGCUUGUUUGCUAUAGACGGCAAAUAUUUCUUUGAACUUGGAGGUUUUGAUCCAGGACUUCAGUCACAGGGAGGAGAGAAUUUUGAAUUAUCUUUCAAGAUAUGGCAGUGUGGAGGCAGCAUAAAGUGGGUCCCAUGUUCCCAUGUUGGAUACGUCCGUCAAACGCCCAUGUUUUUAGACACCGUCCAAAAUCUCAGUGAUCUUGCUUUGAAUUACAUACGAGUUGUCGAAGUGUGGCUGGACAAUGAACACAAACAGUAUUUCUAUGCGAGACAACCUUCAAUGGAAGAAUACCCUAUUCUUAACAUUUCCAAACAGCUGGAAUUUAAGAAGGAGCACGAAUGUAAGAGCUUCAAAUGGUUUCUGGAGAAUGUAGCCAAUGAAGUACUGGACUAUUAUCCACCACCGCCCCCUAAUAAAUAUUGGGGCCAGGUUAUGUUGGAAAACACUAAAACUUGUAGUUAUUGGCGGGCAUCAGCUGCUAAAGAAAGAAAUAUUCGUAUGAGUCCUUGCAAGUCCGACAAAGAAAGCCAGCUGUUUCGGUUAUUUCGGUUAAAUGUGAAAGGUCAAUUGAUAUGGGAUGAGUUCUGCAUUGAAACAAGAAACGAUAUUUUAUACAUACAAGAGUGUCCUGUCCAACCUACUAGUAACUGGUCCUAUCUAGAGAAUACAAAACAAAUUUUCAACAGUCGUUUCCGAAAAUGUGUUGAAGCAGCAUCAAACUCUGUUCUUUGUCUCAAAGACUGUGAUGCUAACAACAAGAUGCAGCAAUGGAGUUUUAAGAAAUUUAGGACCUGGGAUGCUCCUAAACAACAACAACAACCUCAACAACCGCAGCAGCAGCAGCCGCCUCAACAACAUGAACACCAAAAACAGCCUGAACAACAACAACAACAACAACAACAACAAAAACAACCUGAA